UGCACCUGUAAACGGUCCGAUCACUAUCAAUAGUUAACCCAACAAUCCUCCUGGAAAUGAUUAAUCUUCUCCUUACCUGAGACAUGGACGACCUGACAACUCCUGUCCGUCAGCAACAUAAAUUCAGUGUUGAUAGACUUUUAAGUUAUCUGUCUGUAAAGUCUCUGGUGUCAAAUAAUGACACACUCACUGUCAGACAGUACAGUGCCGGUCAGUCAAACCCAACCUUCCUAAUCCAAACCCGCUCAAACAGCUAUGUUCUCAGGAAGAAACCUCCAGGUGAGCUGCUGCCAGGGGCUCACAAGGUGGACAGGGAGUAUCGGGUGCAGAAGGCCCUGUUCGCUGCUGGCUUCCCUGUACCUCAGCCUCUCCUGCACUGCACGGAUGCUGAAGUCAUUGGAACAGAGUUCUACUUGAUGGAGCAUGUGAGGGGGCGUAUAUUCAGGGAUCUUCGUCUCCCUGGAGUCAGUGCAGCAGAGAGAACAGCUCUAUAUGUUGCUGCAGUGGAAGUGCUGGCAAAGCUGCACUCACUGGACCUGGCAUCACUAAACCUUGAAGGGUAUGGAAAAGGAUCAGGCUACUGCAGGAGACAAGUGUCUACCUGGACGAAACAGUACAAAGCAGCAGCCCACAGAGACAUACCAGCCAUGAAUGAACUGUCUGAUUGGUUGAUGAAGAAUUUGCCAGCCAGUGAUAACGAGGUCACACUUGUCCAUGGAGAUUUCCGACUGGACAAUUUGAUAUUCCAUCCAACAGAGGCACGUGUGAUAGCGUUGUUGGACUGGGAGCUGUCGACCACUGGACAACCUUUGGCAGACUUGGCCUACUUCCUCAUGCACCACUACUGGCCUGCAAACAUUACUGUCAUCAGCACAAUGGGCAGCUUGAAAGGAAUAGAAGGUAUCCCAACUGUGAGUGACCUAAUCUCUAUUUACUGCCAGUGCCGGGGGAUCCCAUCUGCUUUGCCACAGAUGAACUUCUACUUGGCCCUCUCUGUCUUUAAAAUGGCAGGAAUUGCCCAGGGGAUCUAUGCACGCCACCUACUGGGUAAUGCCAGCGCUCCCAAUGCAGCCCAGUUUGGCCAGUGUGUGGAGCCCUUGUCUAAGGUUGCCUUGCAGCUUGCACAGAGUCCUGCUGCACGUUCUACAGAAGAUGGUCUGUUUCUGCAGACAGCAAAUGGUCAGGCUGUUCUCCAGCAGGUCAAAGACUUCAUGAGACAAUACAUACUUCCUGCUCAGGAGGAAGUUGCAGAGUACUACUCCAAACACGCUCAGUCUCCACAGAGGUGGCACACACCCCAAAUAAUAGAAGAUCUAAAGGUGAAAGCCAGGGAGGCAGGGCUGUGGAACCUGUUCCUGCCUGCUGUCAGUGGUCUCAGCCAGUUGGACUAUGCCUACAUUGCAGAGGAGACUGGGCGCUGCCUCUUUGCCCCGGAAGUCUUCAACUGCCAGGCUCCUGACACAGGAAAUAUGGAGGUGCUCCACAUGUUUGGCAGCGAGGAGCAAAAAGGGAAAUGGCUGGAUCCUCUGCUCAGAGGAGAGAUCCGCUCCUGCUUCUGUAUGACAGAACCUGAUGUGGCCUCCAGUGAUGCAACAAACAUGGAGUGCACUCUUCGCAGGGAUGACAACAACUUCGUCAUAAAUGGCAAGAAAUGGUGGAGCAGUGGUGCUGGCAAUCCCAAAUGCAAAGUGGCCAUUGUGAUGUGCAGGAGUGGCUCUCAGGAAGUGAGCAGCAGGCACAGACAACAUAGCAUGAUCCUCGUCCCUAUGGACACGCCAGGUGUAAAGCUCGUCCGGCCACUCACCGUGUUUGGACAGGAUGAUGCUAUCCAUGGUGGCCACUUUGAAGUGCACUUUGAAAACGUGCAGGUUCCUGCCUCCAACAUUAUUCUUGGAGAAGGACGGGGUUUUGAGAUUGCUCAGGGCCGUCUGGGCCCCGGCAGGCUGCACCACUGCAUGAGGGCUGUCGGUCUGGCAGAGAUGGCGCUGGAAAUGCUCUGUCAACGGGCCGCCUCCAGGCACACAUUUGGAAAGAAACUGUACCAACAUGAAGUUGUUGCUCACUGGAUCGCAGAGUGCCGUCUCAUGAUAGAACAGACUCGCCUGCUGACUCUACACGCUGCUCAUGCACUGGAUACGCUGGGCAGCCAGGCUGCUCGCAAACAGAUUGCGAUGAUCAAGGUGGCAGCAGCCAGGAUGGCCUGUAAGGUGGUGGAUUGUGCUAUCCAGGUACAUGGAGGUGCAGGUGUGUCGGGAGAUGUCCCACUUGCACAGAUGUAUUCAUAUGUGCGGACUCUGCGCAUUGCUGAUGGGCCAGAUGAGGUGCACCUCUCCUCCAUUGCUCAUUUAGAACUGAGGGAUCAACUAAAGAAGGCACAGGCCAAGUUGUAGAUUAAUGGACAUCAAAUGCAAUCACAAACCAGCACUUUGCUUUAACAAAAACAGAUUUUUUUUCUCUCUUUUGAAGAAGCAGAUUUUAAAUGAGCUUUUUGUGAAAUUGUAAAUAAUUUUGCUACAAAAAAAUAGUGUUAAUAAGUGACUGACUCAUACUUAGCUGAACACAGAUUAGCCACAUUAAAACAUGGGGAAACCUUA